GAGGUGUGAACCAUCUUGGAAAAAUAAUUGUUGGGAGCCUUGUUAUUCUUACUUUACAAAGCAUAAAGACUAAAGAAGAGAAGACAUGGCUGACUUCUCACAUGUUAGCACAAGGGGCUACCGCAGAGAUUCGGAUAAAAAGGAGGGGCAGCCAGAAACUCAAGUUAGUGAAGAAAGGGGGGGGUCCAAGUGGGGCUGCAUCUCCAUGUUGGACAAGACACACGAGUUCUUUCAGACAUGUGACAUUGAGAGCAAAGGAUACAUCACACGCACAGACAUGAGGAGGCUUCAUAAGGAGCUACCUCUGAGUGAAGAGGAACUAGAGAAUGUCUUUGAUUCGUUGGAUUCAGACAAGAAUGGGUACCUUACCAUGGGAGAGUUUUCUUCUGGUUUUAGCGAUUUUCUUCAUGGCCGAAAGAUCUUGAAGGUUGAGGAUCAAGGAGCUAUCUCAAAGAAGACCUCAGAAGCAGUUUACCAGAACCAGUGGGAUGAUGUAUUGAUGGAGAACAAGGAGGAGGAUAGACACUUUGGAAUGUUGCUUGAGAGCCUUGGAGCUACUAAUAUCUUUGAAGAACCAAGUGAGGUGCGCAGUCUUUGGGCACAGCUCCGCAAGGAUGAGCCUCAUCUCCUUAGCAAUUUUGAGGAGUUUCUGGCUCGGGUCACCUACCAGAUCAAAGAUGCACAACAAGAGAAAAAAGAGAUGGAAAGUGCCCUUCAAAGGAAGACAGCAUUACAUGACAGUGAAAUCAGACGGUUGUAUGAAGAAAUGGAGCAGCAGAUAAAAAAUGACAAAGAUGGAAUUAUCCUAAAGGACUCUGAGCGGCUUCUUUCCAACAGUCAAGACCUGCAGGAGCAGUUGAGCACCAAAGAACAGGAGCUUGAGCUGCUCUUCCAGAAACAGAGAAGGUUGGAACGCCAGUGCCAAGAUCUGUACAGUGACCGGCAGGUGAGUCGUGUACAGAGUGUAAAACUCAAGAUUACUAAUGAGGAGCUUCUGCGAGAACUUAAUCACACCACACAUGAGCUCACAAUGGCCCAGGAGCAGUUGACAAUCCUACAGGAGCAAGCCUCCAGACUGCAGCAGGAAAGAGAGAUGGAAAUGUAUCGUGUCACAGAGGGACUUCACAGAGAGAAGCAGAGCCUUAUGAAACAGCUUGAUCUUCUAAGAGAGAUGAAUAAACAUUUAAGAGACGAGCGAGAUAUCACUUCUCUGAAAUCUAAGCCUUCUGUUAAGAAGUCCUCUCGAAAAAUAAGCAGAAUUCCAUCACUGAAGCGUGCAGGCAAGAAUCAUUCUUUUAAGAGUGUGGGAGCCACAGAAGAGAUUGGUGAGAAAAUGGAGAAUAACGGAAAGGAUCUGCAAGGGGGCCCUACUGAAGCACGAAUAGGUGAGCGUCCUGAUGCAGGGGGAGAGGGUCUAGAUGCUCCACCUGGAGGCUGGCCUUUGCGCAGGGUCAUUUCCAUUGAGGAAGAUCACUUACCUCACCUGCUUCAGGGUGAGACCCCACCCCUGCUACAUCAGCUCAGUGAGGAAGAUGAGGACGAAGUGCAACAGGAGGAGAGGGAUGAAGAGGAGGGAAACACAGACUUGGAGUUAAAUAGCACUGACCCAGCUAUAAAAACACCCCAGCAGUUCCACCAUCCAGCCUUGGUACCUAUUGAUGCACCUGCAUUGAAGGGCAUGAAGAAGUCCAGAUGGGCAGACAAGGCACCCUCAAGCCCCCGUGGUCAGCCAGUUGGGAAGGAGACGUACCAGCAGGAGCAAAUGGAGAGUGCUCUACUAGUCCCGGAUCGGCUUUUUAAAGUCAUCUUGGUGGGUAAUUCUAGUGUGGGGAAGACUGCCCUUCUGCGUCGAUUCUGUGAGGACCGCUUCCAUAGAGCCACCUCAGCCACUGUAGGGGUGGACUACAGUGUGCGCACUCUUAAUCUGGGAGACAUGAAUGUUGCUUUACAACUAUGGGAUACUGCUGGACAAGAAAGAUACCGCAGUAUCACUAAGCAGUUUUUCCGAAGAGUUGAUGGAGUAGUGGUCAUCUAUGACAUCACGGUGGAGGAGUCAUUCCACGCUGUGCGACCGUGGCUUUGCAACAUACAGGAAGCAGUGGGUGAUGACAUCCCCAUUAUGGUCCUUGGCAACAAGAUGGACAUGGAGAGUGAAAGAGAAGUAUCACUGAAGGAGGGCCACAGACUGGCAGAGGAAUCUCAUCUGAUAUUCUACGAAGUCAGUGCAUACACAGGAUACAAUAUUAUGGAGUCAUUGAUUCAUCUGGCCAGAGUGCUAAGGGAGACUGAGGACCAUGAGAAAGAGAUAACGGUUCAGCUGUCAACACCCCACGUAAAGAAAAAAUCUUGCUGCAAGUAAUUGUUAACUGUGUAACCCUGGAAAUAAUUCAGUGAUGAAUAACAACAAAAAUGACUGCCAUGAGCUGGGUUUUCCAUGAGUUAAUACUCUGCGUUGACAUGCAUCAGAGCAGUGCCCCUACUAAAACAGAAGUGUGCAGUUAAAAGCGGAAGCACUCAGGCGGACCGCUGUGAUCUGCAGGUUCACACUAGCUAGUCUGUUUCAAAGUAGAGUACGAGAACGCUAGGGAGGCCUCUAACCUCAUCAUAGAACCUGACUCGCAAGGAAGCAUUCUAUCAAGGAAGCAUGCUCACUUUGAGAAAUAGCCCAUCUUUUGGUUUGUUGCUACGGCUAUGAUUAUAUUUCCACUUUGACUUUGGCUCAGCUGUUGGACAUCAUAUUAACUACGUAAUUAGAAAAAAAAACUACUGUGUGAGUAAUAGCCGGUUUGUUUAUGUGAAUGAUUUAAAUGCUCUACCCAGUAAUUAUAUGAGGCAUGUGUUCAUUGGAUCCCUAGUUAUAAUUGUUAUUAGGGGACCAAGUAGCGCUGCUGCUGGAACCCUAUUGUUUUUGUUCCCAUUAUUUUUAUUUUUAUCGGCCUAAAAGUGUUCGUGUUCUUUAUCUGUCAGCAGUGCUCGCAAAACUUGCGUCUUUGAGCAUUACGAUGCUUUCACCCUUCGAUAAAUACCUAGUUUUCAUUCUAGAUGAGCAAACUUUUUGCCACACUUUUCACUAUGUUUGCAAAGUGUCAGAGCAUCAAAGCAAGCUACCAAAAUUCCUUUCAUGGAAUACAGAAUUUAAUAUUCCGAAGAGGCAUUUUCCGACUAAUGUGAACACCACAAUAUCCCGGUUAAAAGAGGCAUGCUAGGGGUGUUAUUCCAUCUUGUAGUAUUCAGAAUAUGAGUUUAAUCAGGUUAUGGCAGCUGGAAUAAGGUGUUUACAUGACUCGUGCGCAAUUGGAAUAUUGUCAGUAUUCCGAAUAAAAACGGAAUGUCAUAAAGUGGGCGGCGGCCAUGUUGGGAGUAUGCAGAAGAGAACGUAAUGUAAACCCUGUUAGAAAUUUAGUUUCUGGUUUAGAAUAACUUCUGUAUUAAUAUUUUUUUUCUUUGAUCAUCUUUGAUAUUUGGCUUACACAGUUGCCAUAAUAAUCCAGACAAAAUAAAGAAAUGCAGUAAUACAGAUUAUUCAUUAUCAAGAAGAGCAAACUUUUAAACUGACUUGAGGAGCGGAGAUGUCGUUGGCAAAAUCGAACCGGGAACCCUUUACAGACAUUUCCAUUCACACCGGUAGGCUAUCAAAAGCAGAAGAUUUUCGAUUUGGUUUUGGAUUUAAUUCAAUUUUGGACUAUUUGAUUAUAUUGCCAAAUGUUGGGACUGAUGGGCACUGAAUCUGGGGGGUAUUUGAUGGUUCUUAUUAUGACC